CGCCUUCGCCUCUGAGUUCCGGAGAGGCCGCCUUCGAUUGGCUCCUGUCACGGAGGAGUCCCGCCCCCGCUUCCGGCCGGCCGGGUGUGGACAAGAUGGCGGCGGUCGGGGCGCUGCAGGACCGGGUGGAGGCGCUGGAGCGGCGGGUGUUCGGGGCCGGGGCGGCCCGGGGGGGGCCGCGCAAGGCAGCAGAUGGUUUGGUGAAAGUUCAGGUGGCUUUGGGGAACAUUGCAAGCAAAAGAGAGAGGAUUAAAAUUUUGUAUAAGAAAAUUGAAGAUUUAAUAAAAUAUCUGGAUCCUCAGUACAUUGAUCGAAUGGCUGUUCCCGAUGCCAUGAAACUGCAGUUCAUCUUAGCAGAGGAGCAGUUUAUUCUUUCCCAAGCCGCCCUUCUGGAACAGGUGAACAACCUCCAGCCGUUCUUGGACAGUGCACACAUCAAAGCUGCUCCUGACCAUGCUGCCAAACUGCAGCGACUUGCUCAAAUCCACAUACAGCAGCAGGACCAGUGUGAAGCAGUAACUGAAAACGUCAGGGUGCUCCUAGAAGACUACAAUAAAAUGACUCUGCUUCUGUCUAAGCAGUUUGUCCAGUGGGAUGAAAUGCUGACUCAGCUGGAAGCGGCCAAGCAGGUGAAGCCUAUGGCAGAGUGAUGGCAGCGUUGUAUCGCCAGGAGAAAUGCAGCCUGCAGCCCCAGGCUUGGGUGAAUUGGGGAGGAUUGCCGCUGUACUGGUACCGCAGGUGCCAGCGUGCAGUGCUCUGGCCUGGCUGCUUGGAGCAGAGUGCUGCGGGCUGGGACUUGUCGUCUCAGGGGGCUGCACCUACAUAGUGAAGAUGAAGGUGGCUUCCAGCGAUGGCAUAGGCUCUCGUAACCCACUUUUGGCCCAUGGGCUGCACUUUGCCCUCCCCGACUUUCUUAAAAACGAAGCCAGAUGACUGGCGUCCUGUUAGAACUCGGCUGUCUGCGCUCCUCCUGACUUGCACUUCCAUGAAAUAACUUUGACUUCUAAUUUAUUUAAAACUCCCGGCUCAGCUCACUGUUUGGGAUGUGAUGGAAACACGGCUCUGUUAAACUUACUUGUGGACCAGAAUAAAAUCCUCAGACAUUAACUGCA